AUGGCUAGCGUAGUUCGGCCGCUAAUUCAACGGCCCCGCGCCACCCCCGCUCGACGGUCACUCGCCUUCUCAGCCUCCGUUCGUCAUCAACAAGCGCCGUCGGUAGUUUUCCGUUCCUCGCGCUCUUCACGACUUCGUAUCGACGAGUUUAUUUCCGCUCACGCGCUCUCGAACUGCGUGACGUCAAUUCUUUCUCCGUCGGCAGCGGUAGCGACGAUUAGGUCUCCGACGGCAUCCGAGAGAAGAGCAGUCGCACUGAGAGGAAGCGUGAUGACCGACGCGCCGUGCGGUGGGGCAUGGAGCUGGCGAGCUUCUAUCCACCUCAAAUCAACCGCAUCCUCGGAAAAUGCUGUAGAAGCUGGGGAUUUUAGAGCGAUCGGAUAUUAUCACUCAGCAUACAUUUUUCUCAAUUUACUCUUUUCGUUUAGGAGAGAUCCUCAUCCUCAUUAUCUUAAUUCUGUUGAUUAUCUUGAGCAGCUUUCCGGCCACUAUGUGCUGUCUUACGAGCCAUUUGGCUGA